AAUGUUAGUUGUGGGAUCCUGGAUGCCCCAUUGAGAUGUAGCUUGUAUGGUAAAUGACACUGCUGAGUUUUUGAUGGGGAAGUUGCGACCGCUUGGUUCCCCCCUGCCCCUGCGAUCGACUGACUUCAUCUGCCUUGUUCUUGGCAGAUACCACCCAUGUCUGACAUUACUCUGUUUAAAGGUCAGAGGAUCAUGUCCCUCACGACUGACACAUCUGUAGAAAAUAUCCGGUUUUAUGGCUGUGUAUCUGGAAUCCUUGGGCCCUGUGCUAUUUUAUCCCGAGAGCACUGAUUAAUGAAAUGCUGGUAGAUAGAUACCAAGAAAUAUCACAGAAAUACUGACUCUUGCAUUCUUAUUAGCCUAUUAUUUAUUUUCAUAUGGCUGUAUAGUAAAUGAUUAUUAUGCUAAAUGAUUAUCUUCUCACUCUAACCCAAACAGAAGUUUCAAGCAACUCAAAAUACUAAGUGUAUUUUUGUGACGAGUUUCCACCCAUGUGACUUCCAGUUGGGUGACACUUCUUGUGUGUUUACCAGAAACCACAUCAGACGCUGUGAAUUAAAUAGAGAUAAAAACUCACAAAGCUUGUUAUGCAUGCAUGUGUGUGUGCAAGAGAGAAAGAGAGAGAGGGAGUGAGAGAGAGGGAAAGAGAGAGGCGGUGACAGAGAAUUAUUACUCACUAAGUACACGGCCAAGCUGAGCUCAGUGUGCACACGCGCACGCACACACACGUACACACACACACACACACACACACAUACACACACACACAUGCACACACACACACACACACACACACACGCACUCACACGCAAAGGACGCAGAAGUGAAGAGCCCCGAGGGGUUUUAGGCGACGCUGCUGGCGAUGGCUCAGGGUUGUGACAGCAACGAAAGAAGGUACUCCAAGUCCCCGUCGCCGGGCAACAAGCAGGAUCCUUCAGAUGAUGUGAAGAAGGUGCUGAGGAGGGAGAAGAACCGCAUCGCAGCCCAGAAGAGCAGGAUGAGGCAGAUGCAGAAGGCCGACAGCCUGCACCUGGAGAGCGAGAACUUGGAGAAAGAGAAUGCAGCCCUGAGGAAAGAAGUGAAGAGGCUCUCAGAAGAAGCCAAGUACCUGACGACCGUGCUUAGCAACCAUGAACCUCAGUGCCCUGGCCUGGGGCCCCAGUCCUCCAACAUCCUCUACACCCCCCACCACGGGGUCUACCACCAGUCGCACAUGACCUCUCCACGCUAUCAACACUGACCACCAGAGAGGGAAAAGAGUGCUGGAGCAUCUCCUUGUCAGUACCGGUUAUGCAAAUGCUUUUGACUGAAGCGAGCUGCUAUCUUUGAAGAAUCCUUGACUAAAGGUGACCAAGUUCAUAAACUGAUGACCACAUCUGAGUGUGAAAUGUCAAAAUGACAUGUUGCUUGACUGUUGGGCAGUUCAGUUCUGAUGGUAAAUAUAACACAUAUUUGUACAGUUGUAGAAGAGCAGAUGGACAACUUAUCCAACUGGAAAGAUCCUUACAGCAAAAUUUCCUGUAUGAUUCUGGGUCUGCAUUUUCCCAGCCAUGUGCAUUUUCUUUUGUGCUCAUUUUCCUUGUUUUUGAAUGUACAUAAUAUACUUUAUAAAUGAAUGGUAUUUCUGUCCGUAAAUGAAUUUCAGAAUGUCAAAUGUGAAAAUGAAAUUUGGAUUUUGUAUUUGUCAAUUUGUCUGAUAUUUCUCAUCUGACAUGGUAUAUUUUAGAUUGAAAGUGUCAGACUUAAAUAACAUUUCUUUCUUAAAAUACUUCCCUAUGAAUUAUAUUUUUUGUUAUACUUAAUGUCUUAAUGUCAAGCAUUUUGACUCAAAAUAUUUUAUUUAUUUUAAUAGUGGUCCUUUGGGAGUUAUGAGAGCUGAAUUUAAAGUGUUGGUUACCUGUGAGAUGACUCAUUUCUAGUGUACCUUUUCUUUUAUUGUUUCAAAUGUUUUAUUUUACUGAAUAGUGCUUACCAUAUUAUUUUUACACUUUAUCAAAUUUACAGUGUGGAUACAAUUUGUAUGGCUAAGUUCAUCGUGCAAGGCUACAUUCAUUGUAAAAGAAUAAUGAUGGGGGAAUUUGAGAUAUAACAAAAUACCUCAGGAUUAAGCACAAAUUAAUGACAAUUUAGAUUUGUGUAAACAACGUUUUCCAGAAAGUGAGCAAAAUCACUAUUUUGGAAUUUAAAGAAAGUAAACAGUAUGACCUCCAACAUAUAAUAUUUAUUUGUUGAGGUUAUCAAUGCCAUGUGAGAAUAAAACACCAGCAUAAGAGUGGGUAAACCCUUUAAGAUAUCAGCAAAGGAGUUGGCAAUCCCUUUUCAGGAGUGACACAGUACCAACAAAUGUUGUGCUUUUUUCUUCAUUGUGACUGCGCAGUCAGAAGGAACUAUUAUUGUUGCAAAACUCUUGUUUAGUUUUUUAGUUUAAUCCCCCAGCAAAUGUACCAGUCACUUUGGCAAAAGUGUGCCAGAUAGCCAUGGCCAACUUAUCACUGUCCUACCAACACUAUGAUGGUACGGUCAUUCCAUCUGAUCGAGCCAUCCAAAGCUUUUUGAAGACAAUACUGUGAUACUAUGGCAUCCACUUCAGUCCUGCAAGAUUUAGAAACACUGAUCCUGAAGACUUAUUAACUAUAUUUCAGUGAUGAGCAAUAGAAAAAGUGUUUUCAAUGUCUCACCCAAUCAAUGGGUCCAAACUAAUGAUUUAUAUUUCAAUUGGCUCAAAGUACAGAACCCAGAUGUCGCUCACCAGUUGUUGAUCGUAGGUAAAUGGCAACACUGGUCCACCAAGAGGGGAUGUUUUCAUGUAACUGGGAACUGGUUUUCAAUACCUUAUUCUGCUAAAUAUCAUAGAUUUCUGAACGUAUUUUCAUUGCCAUUAUAAUAAUGAAGAUGCUUCAUUGUCCCUCCACCUUGAUAUUUUGAUUGUUAUAACGUGACUUAUUGAAUGUAGUGAUGUUGUUACAAUUUGGCACCACCGAUUGAUUGUGCUGUACUCUUGGAAAUAAAGUCAUACAAUGUUUA